AGUGCUGGGCCGGACACACGCAGCCUGCAGCAGCAGAGGGGCUGGGGCAGCUCUCAGGGCCCACCCUGCCUCCCUUCUCCAGCAGUCAGUGCUGGAACAACAGCGUGACAACUGUCCACUGUGGCUGGGCUCCUGUGGGCUCCAGCAGCACGAGCAGCCCCUUCCUGCUCACACUCCUGACAGCUUUUGCAGUGUUGGGAUCAGCCAACAUCAAACCAGCUCGCCUGUGAAAAUCCCAUCUGAACCGGGGAAGUCUGCAGUGAAACCCAAACCGCUACUGAGCUGCAGUUCCCCUUUCUUCCCCAGCCACAGAGAGGUGCUGUUUUCCAGAAAAGCUUCUCAGAGAGCUAUUGGUGAGACUGGAUUCUGCGGUCAAGGAUGAGGGAGUCCCCUAGGACACAUGAGGAGAACAAAAGUAAAACUGUAGCAAGCAAGACCAAAGGCCCAUCUCAACCAGCACCCUCUCCAAGAGUCAAUACUGGCAGUACCUAAGGAAGGCACCAGAGCUGUAGGCAAAAAAAACUUUUCCCCAUGGCGUACCCUCAGCUUUUGGCAGGAAUCCCCAAAGGAAUUCAGGUGCCUGUCUCCGCCAAUCCCCACCCCACAGAUGGCAGCCCCCAGGGUGGCAGUAGUGGGCGCGGGGCUUAUCGGACUGUCCACAGCGUUACGUAUUGCUGAGGUGAACCCCAACUGCUGCUCCAUCACCCUCCUUUCAGAGCAGUUCAGCCCCAACACGACAAGCGAUGUGGCAGCUGGCAUGCUCAUCCCUCAUACCUACCCAGGCACACCGAUCCACGUGCAGAAACAGUGGUUCAAAGAGACCUUCACCUACCUUUUUGCUAUCAGCAACUCAGCCGAGGCGUCAGAGGCUGGCAUUCACCUGGUCUCUGGCUGGCAGAUCUUUAAAAACCCUUCUGAAGCUGAGGUGCCUUUUUGGUCUGACAUUGUCCUGGGGUUCCGACCAAUGUCUGCAGCAGAACUGCAGAAGUUCCCACAGCACAGCCACGGCCAGGCCUUUACAACGCUGAAGUGUGACUGCCCCCCCUACCUGCUGUGGCUGGAGAAAAGGUUGAAAGCAAAUGGUGUCCAGAUACACACCAGAAAAGUUGCAGACUUAUGGGAGCUGCACAGCGAGUAUGACAUUGUUGUCAACUGCACGGGCAUUGGAGCCCGCCAGCUUGUGGGGGACCAGCAGCUGUUCCCCAUCAGGGGACAAGUGCUCAAGGUUCAUGCUCCUUGGGUGAAAAACUUCAUCCGGGAUGGGGAUGGCUUAACUUACAUCUACCCAGGGAUAGACAGCGUAACUCUCGGGGGAACCAGGGAAAAGGAGAGCUGGCGUCUCUCCCCUGACCCUGGCACUACCAAAGACAUCUUUGACAGAUGUUGCUCCCUUGAGCCCUCGCUGCAGCGAGCUCAGGAUAUCAGGGUGAAGGUGGGCCUGAGGCCAUCCAGAUCAUGUGUGAGACUGCAGAGAGAGGUUCUGAGCCAGGGAGGAGCAAAGCUGCUGGUGGUCCACAACUACGGGCAUGGGGCAGGUGGCUUUUCAGUGCACAGAGGCACAGCCGAGGAGGCCGCUCACUUGGUGCAAGAGUGCAUUGCUGCUCUGCAGGGUUCCUCAUCCAGGGCCAAGCUUUGAAUCCCCGAACCUCCUUUUCCUUUUACAACAGGCUAAUGCAGCAUCUCCUUGUAGAACCUUUGGACUUUUAUUUCAUUGCUGGAGAGAAGGAAGCGCAGUGGGUCCAUCCCAGCGUUAGCCCAGCUCUCCAUAUCCUCCAUCUGGUAUCAUUUCUGCCCUGGUGAUUUCUUCUAGCUUUGUGCUUGGGAGGGUACAAGAUACAUAGAUAUCCUUCGUGUAGCAAAAAUCACUGCUUCAUUAUAAUAUACAUAAUGUAAAUUAAGCAUUUGUUCAUCUACAUCUAAAGCAUAUUUGAUGUACUAGAUUCAGCAAAAACUAAUUCUCUGCUGUUGUAUUAGAUCUACUCUAGUAUUGUCCUUGCUCUGCCACCUUGCUAACAAACUUUACAAUUGCCUUUAUGAGUUACAAUAAUAGUAAAACCCUGCCCAGUGCUGCAUGACAGUGCUUUGGGUUGACUCUUGCAGAAAGUGGUGGUAGGGACAGGGACCCUGUCACACACAGGGAACAGACAAGUAUGAUUUCAGGAGCAGGUUAUAUAUUACACCUUGCAUGACUUAAUACAAAAUUUCUGUGAGAGGAAGUUGUCACAUAUGGGCUACAGGUUUGUACCUCACCUUUCAUGCUUUAUUGCAAAUAUCUUCUAUUCUGAAUCUCUCUGAUUUUGCUCUCAGACAUAAGCUGAUUUUUCCCGAAUAGCAGUAUUGACAUGGCCGGUCUGCCUGUAUGAUAUGAAAGAGAAUUUAUCAGGGUGGGCUUGGGAGUGCAAAAAUUUCUACUUCUCUUCAGCUCUCACAGCUUUUCUUGCAACAGUUGAUGUAAAUAAACCAGUGACAAACCAUCUUAGCACCAACUGCAGUUGUAUAAGGGAGAAACAAGCCAUGUAAGUCUAGAUAAACACUGUAAAGAGAAAUUUGAGCUUGCUGUCUAAGUACAAGAUGAAUGUCUGACUGUUAGUGAUUAAACUGCUCAUUAGACUGGAAAUGGCUUAUUUAAUUGUUAGCACCCACUUUUGACUCGUUCUUUGUCCUCAAGAUUACAAACCAAACCAAAAUCCUUCAAGAAAUAACAUGAUUAAAUUUGAUAAAUAAAAUUCUAAUAGUAGAGCAAA